AUGAGCCAAGAGUUUUAUAAUUUUCAUGGUGUGACAAAAUUGCUAAAUAAUCUUAUAAAAGCUGAAAUUAAGUUUCGUACAUUACGAACAGACAACAAUGUGAUACAUUAUUCAUCUGCAUUGGAACAAAAUUUAAGAAAAGUUUAUGUAAGAAAAUGUAGUUCUAAACAUUUUUAUGAAAAAAGUAAUUUUGUGGUAGGACAUUGUCAUAACUCAAAAGGCAUAAGGGCAAAGACGGAAUAUAAUGUAUAUUAUAACAAUAUUGUGUGUACAAUUUUUAAAACGUUUACAGUUAGCAUAAUUUCAAUAAUUAUCUUUAACGUUUUACAAACCAUAUUUAUAAUUCCUGUUGGAGCAUCUAUAGACAAAUAUAUGCUCAUUUUAAAAGGUGAAACCAUUCCAUCUUUCUCCGUUCUUUUGAAUAAUUCGAAAGUAAUAUUGGAAUUGUACAUCGUUGUUUUAUUACUUUUUGAAUGUCUUUUUGAUUCUAUUUUGAAUUUUUAUGAUUAUGAAUUUCUAGUAAAUAUGGAAAUAUUACUGAUGCAUUUCCUUGACAAUUUUAACCUGUAUAGUCGUAAUAACGAUUUAACGAAUCAUUCUGUAUAUAGAACUAGAGAAGAAUCUUUGAAUACGCUAUUAUGA